AUGUUGAAUUACAAUUUAGAUCCUGUAAUUGAGAAGAUAAGAGCGAAUAAAUACGUAAAUGUAGCCAUUCAAUCCUCAGAUGUUAAGGAAUCCGCAGACGUUUGUACAUAUUUACAGGAAAAAUUUUCAACGACUCCAAAUACAAACUUUUAUGUGAUAGGUGAUGUUCUUAUAGGGAGUUGCUGCACGGAUAUUAUCGCAUCUAGGCGUUGUAACGCAGAUUAUAUAAUAUAUCUUGGGGAAUUUUGCCAAAGUAGCAUAGAAGUUACUGUGCCUAUAUCUUAUGUAUAUAAUAUAGUCGAAUUCGACUCGGAUUUUCUCUCCAACAAGGUUGAAACACUUUUGAAAGAUUUGGAUUAUACUAAACUUUUACUUGUAUACAAUGCAGCAUUACAUCACCGGCUUCCUGAAAUAUGCAAAACUCUGCUAAAAUUGGCAACGCAUAUAUAUGUUGCUCAAUGUUUUGAUGAUAACGCAAGACAUGAUGCAAUUGGUUCCCGGAAGCAACUGGCUGGUCGUCCAGUAUACAAAUACAUCAUAGAUGAUAGUUCAUGCGCGACUAUAUUAGGAGAAUAUGAACUUGAAACAAACACUAAUGAUAUCCUGAUACUAUUUCUAAAUAUUUCUGGCGGAUGUGAUGGCCUUCGGGAUACUAUAGCCCUGGAAACUAGUGGAUGUCAAUACUACGAGUUAUUAGUAGACAGCGGAGAUGUUUUGAAUUUAGAUGGAUAUGGAGAUAAAUUGAGGAUAAACAGAUAUAAAAACAUAGAAAAGGUAAAAGGUGCGUCUAAAAUAGGAAUCAUAACUUUGACAAAGUGUCUAAGUGGAAUAAACAGAUUACGCUCCGAAAUGCACAAUCUUUUGAAAAAAUCAAACAAGAAAUGUUACGUGUUCUCUAUCAACCAUCUUACAGAGGCAAAACUUACGAAUUUCCCCGCAAUAGAUAUCUAUUGCCUACUAUCAUGUUCACACACUGCGCUAACAUUACCAGCAAUACUUUCUAAGCAUUUGGUAUUACCGUUUGAACUACUAGUAGCAUUGGGUGUCAUCGAUUGGUCGGUUGAUUAUGUAUUCGAUUUUAAUAUCCUACUGAAGUUCAUAUACGCACACGCGAUCAUUCCAGAUAGCGGUGAAAGUGACAACGACAAAGAAAAGUCUGAGAUCAAAAAAAUAUGCGGUGGCACAGAAUUAUCUCUGUAUGCUAAAAACUUUUAUGAUAAUUUGCCUCACAAUAAAGACCGCACGUUUUCCGGCUUAGACCCCUUGUAUAAUUUUGAUAAGGAAUCCAAAAUCAUAAGAGGAUCACAUGGUACCGCUAGCGGUUAUAGCCAUGAAUACACACAUAAAUAA